AUGAAAAAGAAAAGUCUUGAAUUUAAAAAAUUUUCUUCAGCCUGGGGUUUUACUAUCAUAAACUCAAGUCCUAAUUAUCCUAAAAGUAAUGGGUUAGCGGAGAAGGAUGUUGGUAUAGCAAAGAUGCUAAUUAGAAAAUCGACUCAUGAAAAACAGGAUUUAGAGCUGUACUUACUAAAUUAUUGCAAUGCACCUAUUACAGGAUUACAGUGUACGCCAGCUCAACUGUUACAAAGCAGAGAAGUAAGAUCUAAAAUGAAUGUGGUACACAGAAAAAAACUAUUUAAACCUGUUAUACAAAACUGUGUAGAGAAAAUGAGGGACUCAAAAAGAAAACAAGCUUUGUAUUAUAACAGAGGUGCGAAUAUAAAUAUUAGUUGCUUUGAGGAAGGUGAAAAAGUUUAUAUGCAGGACAAGUGGACAAAAAAUUGGCAUGAAGGAAAAAUAAUUAAAAAACUGAAAGAACCCAGAUCAUACUUAGUGAAAGACAGAAAUGGUAGGAUGUUAAGGAGGAAUACCAGUUUUCUUAAGAAAAUAGGAAUAAGGAAACAGAUCAGAGUAGAGGGUGAAAGAGAGGAGUAUGGCAAGUUAAGUAAUGAAGAACAUUACAACAAGAUUUGUAAUCAAACAUAUCAAAAAGAAGAUAGAACCAGGAUAGGGAGAAAGGUGGUAAAACCUAAAAAAUUAGACUUAUAA